AUGAUUCAAGAGAAGUUGAAAGCUUUGCAGAAUCGCCAGAAGAGUUACCAUGAUAAGAAGAAAAAAACAUUUGAGUUCCUGGAGGGAGAUCAUGAGUUUUCUAGAGUUACUCGGGUAACUGGUGUUGGUCAAGCUUUAAAGUCUCAAAAGCUCAAGUCGCGUUUUAUUGGUCCUUAUCAGAUUAUGAAGCGGGUAGGAGAAGUGGCCUACAGAAUUGAAUUACCAUCAUUUCUUUUGAAUCUUCAUGAUGUCUUUCAUGUGUACCAUCCGAGGAAGUAUAUUAUUGACGUGUCUCAUGUGAUUCGAGUGGAUGAUGUGCAAGUUAGAGAGAACUUGGUCGUUGAGACAUCUCUCUUUAGAGUAUAUGAUCGUGAAGUGAAGUACUUGAAAGGCAAUGAGAUUAUGUUGGUAAAGGUGGUAUGGGGAGGACCUGCUGGUCGAAGCAUGACAUUGGAGCUUGAUAGUCAUAUGAGAGAGUGGUACCCGACUUUAUUUCCUUUAGGUAAAUUUCGAGGGCAAAAAUUCUCAAAGUGGGGGAGAGUUAUAACACCCCGGAAUUUGAUUAAUUUAUUUAAUUGA